AUGAAAUCGGGAGGUGAAAGUCCUCCUAUGGAUUUGUCCAUGUCCCUCGGUAUCCAUAGUCCAGAACAGCAACCAUCCGUACCAGCGCGUUACUAUCGUGACAGUAGUCGAACUUCCGUUUAUCCUGCUCUGACCCUGUUAGCAUCGACCACAGCCACAAACUGCGGAGCAGCCAGGGUGAUCAGAGCUGACAGAAAUGUAACGGAAUACCGCUUACUGUCAGCGACAGCAUGA